AUGCUACUAUUUUAUAUAUUUAUCCUCCUUGCCGCGUCGCUUUCAGGUAGCGGCGUGGCACAGCUCCCAGAUAGCUACGGAUUAUCAUUCCCGUUGAGGUCAGAACUGUCUGAGGAUGCGAUACUGGUUGCAAAUAACGGAAUACGCGUGCCUUUCGGGAGAUCCGUUUUCAUUGAUCCUGUCAAUGAUUUGGUGAUUCAAACGCAACCGGGGGACCGGUGCAGCAUCACCGUUCUGGAUAACCAGCCGCUUUCCCAGAGACCCGGACACCUGUCUCCCAAAAAGUUUCCGUGUGAUUUCGGUCCCAACGACGUCACCUACUCCCAUUUCGGCUCGAGGAGCCUGGCUAAGGACAGAGUGAGGCUACAGCUCAGGUAUGAUACUCAAACCGAAACCGUUAUCAUCCCAUUCAUGACGGAGGUAGAGGUGGUUUUUACGCAACUGGAGGUUCUCACCAAAAACAUGCCCCUGACCGUUGUUAAACUGAACGGCGUUAGUAAUGCCAUUGAUAAAAAGAUUUUGGAAUUCACUUAUGACAGAAACUCUAAAAAAUGCAAGGUGAAUUCUUUAGCGAGUGGUAGCGCUCUCCCCAAGUACGGAAGACUUGUAGAUGAUGGCCUCACUAAAAUUAUGGACUGUGACGAAUUCAUCCAAUCUGACAUCCGUUACGAGCACACGUUUGUUCACAAAUCCCCCAACAGAGACUAUGUGCCCAUGGUUGUUGAACUAUGUGAUAAAGAGGGAAACAUAAUAAAAGAGGAGUAUUUCCAACUGAUGAUCCAUAUCAAGGAGGGAGAGGUGAACACUCCUCCUAAACCCAGCUUCAUGGCAAUGCUGAUGAUGGAGGUGAGUCAGUUUGUGAUGACAGCUCUGACCACUGACAUGCUGGCUGCGGAGGACCUUGAGUCGAACCCUGAUGAACUUAUCUUCAACAUCACCUCCCCCCUCUCUUAUGAGGAUGGUUAUAUAGUUAGCACGGAUGACAGGAACCUACCCAUCACCUCGUUUUACCAGAGAGACCUACGGGACCUGAAAAUAGCUUACAAGCCCCCGUCCCUGGACUCAGACACGGAGAGGAUCUUUCAGAUAGAGUUUGAGGUGGUGGAUCCGGACGUGGCAGUCUCGGACCCCUUUGCGUUCAUGAUUGUGGUGAAGCCAAUUAACUCUCUGGCGCCGGUCGUGACGCGAAACACGGGUCAGCUGCUUUACGAAGGUCAGUCCCGCCCCCUUUUCUCUACCCACAACCUGGAGAUCAGUGACGAGGACGACCUGGACGGUGUUACGGUAACCGUCGUCGACGGGCUCCGCCACGGCGACCUCACAGUCCUGGGGUCGCGCAGGAAGUACUUCACGGCUGCCGACCUGAAUACGGGUGUGGUCAUCUACCAACACGACGGCAGCGACACGUACAGUGACAACAUCAUCUUUAGAAUGACAGAUGGCAAGAACCAGGUGGAGUUCCUGUUUCCCUUGACGAUUGUUCCCAUGGACGACGAGCCUCCCAUCAUCAACGUCAACACUGGUCUUGUGCUCUUCAAGAACCAGAUUAUGGCCAUCUCUCCUCUGAUGCUCAGCGCCGCUGACAUCGACUCAGAAGAUUCCACGAUCAAAUUCAUGAUCGAGCCGCCAUUCUCGACCAUCGGGGGGUUGCUGCUGAGGCAGUCCGACGCCCCAGAGGACCCCGAGUCGUGGAAGUUCAACGCUGAGGAUGAGGUGUAUGAGAAGGAGGUGACAGAGUGGCUUCAGAAAGACAUCACAGAUGGGAAGGUGUUCUAUAAACACACCGGACCACAUAACACUGACACAGUCAUAGACCAGUUUGUGUUCAAAGUCCAUGAUGACAAUGACCCGCCUAACGAAUCGGGCGAGAGCACGUUCAUCAUCAGGGUUCUACCCAUCGACGACGUUCCCCCUGAGCUUUUUCCUGGUACUACGCUCCAAAUGACUGUUCAGGAGUACCAGCUGACUCAUUUCGGUAAGAACAUGCUUCUGUACACCGAUCUAGACUCUGAAGACCGCGACCUGAAAUAUACAGUGAUCCAGCCGCCAACAGACAAGAACAGCCCGGUGGUGUUCGGGUCCAUUGUUCUGACCGAGAGCCCCGACACUGAGGUCAACGAGUUCACGCAGGCUCAGGUCAAUCACCACAAGAUAUCCUACAGUCCUCCCGAUCAGGAGCUGGGCAUCACGGCUCAUGUCCUCCAGUUCCGGUUCUCUGUCGAAGAUACGGCCGGGAAUAGCAUCGAGGGGGCUUUCAGGAUUUUCCUCCAGCCAGUUGACAACAAACCACCACAGAUCACUAACACUGGCUUUUCUGUGUUUGAGCAAGGCGUGCAUGUGAUAUCCAGUGCUGAGUUGGACACAUCAGACCCAGACACAGACAGUAAACAGAUAUCGUUUACCCUCAGCCAGCCUCCGCAGCACGGCCAAGUCCAGCAUGCCUUCUCAGACCUACCCAAAGGGGGAGCUUUCUACCUCGAGGACAUCUCGGACAGGAAGAUCACAUACGUCCAAAACGGCGACGAGACGGUGAGCGACGUGUUCCAACUCGACGUCAGCGAUGGAAUCCACGUCAUCACGGUUAAAGUCAGAGUCGUCGUGAAGCCCGUUGACGACGAGACGCCGACUGUCAGUUUACCGGCCGGGACGGUCUGUUCACACAUGGACGUCCUAGAGAAUGGAGCUAUGGAGAUCACGACGAGUGUCCGCCAGGGGUGGGACGAGGACACCGACGACCUCCAGCUGACCUUCAUCAUCGAGAACGCGCCCGUGUUUGGUGUCAUCCUGGUUGCCGGGGCGCAUGCCGUGAAGUUCACCCAAGCCGACAUCAUCAACGGUUUAGUGGUGUACGCCCACACCGGCGGAGAGAUUGGGCUAACGUCCAUCAAGGACAGCUUCAACCUCACCCUAACUGACAUGUCAGAUGAUUGGUCAGUGGGCAGAAACAAGGUCAACGGUGUCCACGUUCGCGUCACAAUCAUCCCCGUUGACAACCAGGCCCCUGAGGUAACCGUGGGUGACCAGUUCAUCGUUGUCGAAGGAGAGAAGUAUGCCAUCGGAGCACAGUAUUUAAAGGCCGAAGACAAAGACACAACCAGUGACGAUAUUCUCUGCACCAUCAUCGUCCAGCCCACGUCUGGUUAUGUGGAGAACGUCUCCCCAGCUCCUGGAUCAGAGAGUUCACGUUCAGGGACAGCAGUCAGCGCCUUCUACAUUAGAGACAUCAGAGAAGGACAUGUAUAUUAUGUUCAGAGUAUCCACAAGGGGUUAGAACCCGUAGAGGACAGGUUCACAUUUAGAUGCUCCGACGGUAUCAACUUCUCAAAAAGGCAUUUCUUCCCUAUUGUGAUUAUUCCGGCUAAUGAUGAAAAGCCAGAGAUUUACUUGAGGGAGAUAGUUGUGAUAGAGGGGAUGAAUAUAGUCAUAGACACUCAUCUCCUGAACGGAGCAGACACUGAUAUCCCAGCAGAGGAGCUGACUUUCAUCAUCUCCAAACUGCCCAAACACGGCUUCAUCCUCAACCAGUUAGCCACAGGCUCGGUCCCAGUCAUAAACUUCACCUUAGAGCAGAUCAGGGAAGCUUCCAGUUUCAUCUACGUACAUGACGACUCUGAGACCACCGAGGACAGCUUCGACGUCAUUCUAACAGACGGGAAAUAUUCGGUAGAGAGAACCGCCAUGGUUAUGAUCAUCGCCCUCGACGACGAGACACCGAGAAUGCUGGUUAAUGUCGGUCUGGAGGUGGAAGUAGGUGAGGCGAAAGAGAUCAACAACAAGGUCCUCAAAGCCACCGAUCUAGACUCGGACGAUGGAGCGUUGACCUAUGUGAUCCGCUUCGGUCCUGUUCAGGGUGUUCUUCAGAGGAAAACCGCAUCUGGUUCUCUGGAGAACAUCAUGUUAGGCAUGAAUUUCACACAGAGGGAUGUGGACAAAAGGUUGAUCAUUUACACACACAUGGGUCAGGAAGGCAUCUGUGACCUGGUCAAGUUCGACGUCACCGACGGCAUGAACCCUCUGAUCGAUCGUUACUUCUACAUCACCAUCAGGAGCAUCGACAUGGUCUUCCCAGACGUGGUCAGCAAGGGAGUCUCUCUGAAGGAAGGCGGUAGAGUGACAUUGACCACAGAUCUUCUCAGUACUAGCGAUCUCAACAGUCCAGAUGAACGUUUGGUGUUCACCAUCACCAGAGCUCCAGUUAGAGGACACCUGGAGUGUACUGAUACACCAGGGAUCCCCAUCGUGUCAUUCACCCAACUCCAGCUGGCUGGCAGUAAAGUCUACUACAUCCAUACCUCGGACGACAAAGUCAAGAUGGACAGUUUCGAGUUUGAGGUAACCGACGGUUACAACCCGGUGUUCCGUACGUUCCGAGUCGCUAUCGUGGAAGUGGAUAACAAAAAAACAGUUUUAACGUUUCACGGACUUGUGGUCACCGAGGGGCAGAGUAAACUCCUCACGCCAUUCGAGCUGACCGCAGAGGACCAGGACACAGCUGACCUGUUGUUGAAGUUCACCGUCACCCAACCACCGGUGCACGGCAAACUCCUCUAUAACCACACCUCACCGGUCACCAUCUUCACCAAGCAAGACCUCAGCGAGAACCUCAUCAGCUACAAACACGAUGGCACCGAGACCUCCGAAGACUCCUUCUCAUUUACUAUGACCGACGGGACGCACACUGACUUCUUCGUGUUCCCCGACACGGUGUUCGAGACACGGCGCCCACAGACGAUUAAGAUCACGGUGGUGGCAAUAGAUAACGAUGUCCCCCAGCUGGUGGUGAAUAAGGGUGCCCCGACACUGAGGAUCCUGUCCACGGGGCACCUGGGGUUCCCCGUGACGUCCAAGGUUCUACGGGCGUUAGACAGGGACAGCGUUCCGGCUUCCUUAGUGUUCCACAUCACCACGGAACCCAAGCAUGGUUACCUCAUCAACCUGGGCAAAGGGAACGACUCCAUCGACACCUUCAGUCAAGCUGACAUUGAUGACCUAAAGAUCUGCUAUGUGUUAAGAAAUGAUGAGAACGCAACCACAGACCUCUUCCUCUUCUCUGUUGAAGACAACGGUGGAAACAAGCUGAAGGAGCAACAGUUCCGUCUGGACUGGUCCUGGAUCUCUCUGGAGAGAGAGCGCUACGUUGUGGACGAGCAGGACGCCUUCCUGGAGGUGGUCCUCAAACGACGAGGGUAUCUGGGAGAAACCUCCUUCAUAGCACUUGUUGGUCUUCAGCACUUGUUGGUCUUCAGCACUUGUUGGGGUAUCCACGGCCAUGGAGGGGGCAUCCACGGCCAUGUAGGGGGCAUCCACGGCCAUGGAGGGGGCAUCCACGGCCACGUAGGGGGCAUCCGCGACCACGUAGGGGGCAUCCGCGACCACGUAGGGGGCAUCAGCGACCACGUAGGGGGCAUCCGCGACCACGUAGGGGGCAUCCGCGACCACGGAGGGGGCAUCCGCGACCACGGAGGGGGCAUCCGCGACCACGGAGGGGGCAUCCGCGACCACGGAGGGGGCAUCCGCGGCCACGGAGGGGGCAUCCGCGGCCAUGUAGGGGGCAUCUGCGACCAUGUAGGGGGCACCCGCGGCCAUGUAGGGGGCAUCCGCGGCCACGUAGAGGGCACCCGCGGCCAUGUAGGGGGCAUCCGCGGCCACGUAGAGGGCACCCGCGGCCACGUAGGGGGCAUCCGCGGCCACGUAGGGGGCAUCCGCGGCCACGUAGGGGGCAUCCGCGGCCACGGAGGGGGCAUCCGCGGCCACGUAGGGGGCAUCCGCGGCCACGGAGGGGGCAUCCACGGCCAUGGAGGGGGGCAAGUCCCCGGUGGCACCAGGAAGUGUUUGUUCUCUUGGACUGUCGACAAUCAGCAGUGA